AUGAGCGAUAAUUUAGAAAAUCAGUAUCAAUCGAUCAAGAAAGACAAUGAGAAAUUGCCGGUGCCGGAAACUCCAGUUUCCCGAGACCGGAAGCUGACGAUAAGGUUCAAGAUUGGGAAUGUGGAAAAGGGGGUUGAAGAAGAUCCGAUUAGACGGCAAGGGAAGAACUCUCAGAGUAAGGUCUGCACUGUGUGCAAAAAAGAGUUUAUCUCUGGUAAAGCUCUCGGAGGUCACGUUAAAGUACACUGUCAGGAUCACAACAAAGAACAAAUUCUCAAGCAGCUCAAAAUACGUGAUAAAAAACCCAAUAAGUUGAAGAAACAAAAUCUACAAUGGGCCAUCUAUUCUUCCAAGAAAAGAGAUUCUAAUGAAGUCACCAUUGAGAGCUCGGAGGGAAAUGGAAAGCCAACUGUUUGUUUUAUUUGCAGAAAGAAAUUUUCCUCGUCGAAGGCGUUGUUUGGGCACAUGAGGUGCCAUCCUGAGAAGGAACGGAGGGGAAUUGAGUCGCCUAUGGCGGUUAAGAACAGUCCAUCUUCCUCUGUAUCUGAAUCCGUGCCUAGGAAAAUUGAUGAUCACAUUGAUUCAGAUUGUGCAACUAUGGACAACCCAGUAAUUGAUUUGAUGGGGUCAUUACCAAUGUGGCCGGGGACAGGCAGGCGAACCCCGAGAGUCCCGAGAGUCAUGGCCGACACAUUGGAGAAUUCGAGCUCAGAGGAGGUGGAGGUGGAGAAGAAGCGAUUCUGUGACGCGGUGGAUGAAUUCCUUAGGCUAGCUCAAGAUAAUUCUUUUGACUCUGGCCUAGUCCAUAAUGAUGAAAUUGAGGAAUAUGAGGUUGCAAACUGUAGUGCUCUGACAAAUGAGGCUGAAAUUGAGGACAAACAUCGGGUUUCUGAAUCGAAUAAACGAAGAAUUGAGGCGUCGCCUGUUGGAUACAGAAGGGAUUAUCCUGUGAAGAAGCUGAGAAUUGAAGAAAGAGGGUUCAAUACUAAUUGUGGACACAUUGGUGUGGUACCUAAAGAUAUGGAUAAAGGCAAAGGAAAGGCUAUAUUGGAGACUCAGAAUUGUGAAUGGGUUGAUGCAAAAGAUUGGAACAGAGAAGUUGAAGAUUACAUGAAUUGUACAGAUGAUGAGUCUGAUAUCGAAGACACUGAAGAGUACUUGUGCAAAGGACAGCUCAUGAAUUACAAAUGUGAGAGAACUAGUCCUAGGUCAGUGAUGAUUAGUAGCAAGAAGAUCAAGAGGAAUAAGCCAAUUGUGAUAAGGAGUACUCCCAAUAAGUACCAAUGCAGCAAUUGUGAUAGGGUCUAUUCUACCAAACAAGCAUUAGGUGGUCACAUGUCCCUACCACAAGAGAGACAAGAACUUUCAUAACACCAUUGAUGACCCUUCAUCUGCAGCUGCUGAGGAUAAACACCAUCACAAUCCCGCCUCACGAGUGGACGGAGAGCUUGUGCAGAACACACACCAAUGUGA